AUGGGCAGAUGCUGCAAAUGCAACGGGAGACUUCUGUGCAUGUGCCUGCUGCCUUGCAUGAUGACCGGCCACCUUCUGAUCUACGUCAUGGUGUCCAUAUUCGUCACCAUCUCCUACAGCCCUCCGAAAAUAACCAUCCACUAUAUUGCCACUGGGAUUUCUGCUAACUCCUCCGCAAUGGCCUCUCACCCACUUGGCCCCUUCUGGAACCUCCGUCUGGAGGACAGUGCACUGUGGAACCAGCUGCAGCACGCGUGGGACCGUCAGCACAACCCGAUACUGCGAGGAAACACGACCGGGAUCCCAAGGAAGCCAAAAGCAAAGGUUUCAACAGAAAUGGAAGAUGAGUGCCUCUCUGACUGCAUGUCACACAAGUGUUCAGUCCCUCAUGUGCAGGAUUUAAACAGCUUCCCAGAACAAAUGAGAGCGUUUAUAUUGUCGAUGCACUGCAGGGAGUAUCCUCUGCUUAUCAACCAACCUGGUAUGUGUAGGAGGAAUAACAGCAGCAUGGUUCUGGAUUCUCCCAUGCUCCUCAUGGCUAUCAAAUCUCAAGUGGGGAACUUUGAAAACAGGCAGGCCAUCCGUGAAACAUGGGGACGCAGUGGUCUGGUGAAGGGGGAGUCAAAUAAGAAAGGCCGAUUAGUACGCACUGUGUUUCUGCUUGGAAGGCAGGACUCAAGCACCGGUCCUCACCCAGACCUCAAAAACCUCCUGGAGCUCGAGAACCAGAAGUACGGGGAUAUCUUACAGUGGGAUUUCAGAGACUCUUUUUUUAACUUGACCCUAAAGGACCUUUUGUUCUGGCACUGGCUCCAGCAGUACUGCCCCACCGCCAUCUUCAUCUUCAAAGGGGACGAUGAUGUCUUUGUCCGAACAGGUGCCCUUCUGGAUUACCUGCACAAGCAAUGGGAUGAACACAUGCUGUGGAAAGCCUAUACCAAUGAAACCGACAUGGAUUUGUUCGUUGGGGAUGUAAUCAAUAACGCAAUGCCAAACCGGGAGCCAUCCACUAAAUACUACAUACCAGAACGUUUCUACAAAGGUGCGUACCCACCGUAUGCUGGUGGAGGUGGGGUGGUGUAUUCUGGCUCACUUGCAUUACGACUGAAAGAGGUGUCCAAGAGGGUGCGCCUCUUCCCAAUAGACGAUGUAUACCUGGGCAUGUGCAUGCACAGACUCGGGCUCUCUCCACGCCAUCACCCGGGUUUUUUAACGUUCGAUCUCCCGGAGACAGACAGGGGCAAUCCCUGUGCUUACAGAUCAGUCCUGCUUGUUCACAGGCGGAGUCCCAAGGAGAUGCUGACACUAUGGAAGCAGCUCCAGAAUCUGCCAGGUCAAUGCUGAGGCUCAUUUGCCUGCCAAAUGGGAUUCAUUAAGUGCUGGAUGAAUGCUGCCACCACACUCAUUUGGAAAACCUACACACUGUGACUGCAAGUAGACAUUACCCUACAAAAGUCACAUGCAAUGUACCUUUCCCCCAAAGAGUUACGUAACACUGAGGAGGAGACUGAUCUACCUCAAAGAGUGCUUUUAUUUAAGUGAUGUGACACAGUAAGGGUCCCUACAUGCUACUUGUUACAGUCAAUACAGUCAUGUAUUUACCCUUAAAAGUUAUAUUUUACUACCUAAUAAAGAACAUUUAGCACCUUACAUAUUGUUUCAUAAUGCUUGAUGAUUAUAUUUUGGAUAGACACUCAUCAGCCAUUUUAUUAGGUACACCUGUUCAAAUGUUUGUUGACACAAAUACCUAGUCAGCCAAUCAUGUGGCAGCAGCUCAAUGCAUUUAGACAUGUAGACAUGAUCAAGAUGACCUGCUGAAGUUCAAACCGAGCAAAAGAACAGGAAAGAAAGGUGAUUUAUGGUCACACACUGGGAUUUUCACCACAACCAUCUCUAGGGUUUACAGAGGAUGGUCCAACAAAGAGAAAAUAUCCAGUGAGCCAAAAUGCCUUGUUGAUGCCAGAGGUCAGAGGAGAAUGGCCAGACUGGUUCAAGAUGAUAGAAAGGCAACAGGAAGUCAAAUAAGCACUGGUUCCAACCAAGGUGUGCAGAAGACCAUCUCUGAAGCAACAACACCUUGUCCAACCUUGAAGCAGAUGGGCUACAGCAGCAGAAGACCACACCAGGUGCCACUCCUGUCAGCUAACAACAGGAAACUGAGGCUACAGUUCACACAGGCUCACCAAAACUGGACAAUAGAAGAUUGGAAAAACCACAUUCAGAUGGAAGCAUGGAUCCAUCCUGCCUUGUAUCAACGCUUCAGGCUGCUGCUGCUGGUGUAAUGGUGUGGGGGAGAUUUUCUUAGUACCAACUGAGCAUGGUUUAAACACCACAGCCUACCUGAGUAUUGUUGCUGAGCGUGUCCAUCCCUUUAUGACCACAGUGUACCCAUCUUCUGAUGGCUACUUCCAGCAGGAUAACGCACCAUGUCACAAAGCUCACAUCAUCUCAAACAUAACAAUGAGUUUACUGUACUCCAAUGGCCUCCACAGUCACCAGAUCUCAGUCCAAUAGAGCACCUUUGUGUGUGAUGUCAUCAUGUCAGUAUGGACCAGAAUCUCUGAGGAAUGUUUCCAGCACCUUGUUGAAUCUAUGACACCAAGGAUUAAGACAGUUCUGAGGACAAAAGGGGUCCAACCUGGAACUAGCAAGGUGUACCUAAUAAAGUGGCUGGUGAGUGGGUGUGUGACAUGUUCACUGAUGAGCAUACAUUUAUUUAUUUUGUCUUGUUUUCUCAUGUUUUGUUGAUGUUCCAACUAAAAUAAGGUUUCAAAAUGUCUCACAUCCACAUUGCCCAAUAUUUAAAAUGCAACUUAUAUUUUUUUAAUUUCAGUAAUAAUUUAGAGCGAUGCAUGUCUUUGACAGUGGUUAUUAUUUAGCCAAGCAGGAUACAAUUUUUAGAGGAAUUAUGAUAUUUUGGAACAAUAAGUUAAUUACAGCCGCUACAAGGAACUUUUUUUUUUUUAAAAGAUAUUUUUGAGGCAUUUUUAGCCUUUAAUGGAUAGGACACACACAUGUGAAAGGGGAAGAGAGAGAGGGAGUGACAUGCAGCAAAGGGCCACAGGCUGGAGUUGAACCCAGGCCGCUGCGGCAACAGCCUUGAACAUGGGGCGCCUGCUCUACC